AUGGCUAAUGCAGAGCAGCAGUGGGUUGCAACGAUGGAGGUAAAGGUCCAACAGAUGGAGGCUGCAUUAACGCAGCUUCAGCUGCAAUGGACCGAGGAAAGAAAUAGACCUCGUGGGGUUAGAACCAAUCUCAAACUGAACAAGCCAGACGUGUAUGAUGGGAAGGCCGAUGUGUCUUGCGUUCGCAAAUGGCUAUAUCGAAUGGAACAAAUGUUUGCAGCGGAACAGGUUGCAGCCGGACGUGAUGUCGAAGAAGCGGUGAAGUUACAAUAUGCUAGUACGUUUCUUAGUGGCCGUGCAUUGGCGUGA